AUGGCUGUUACUCAUGUAGGCGUCCUUGCCUAUGCCUUUCAAAUUGUGGACAGUGCAGGUCCCGCCGAUCUCCUCUCCUCCGCCAACAAGUCCGCUUUCCAAGCUGUCAAAGAAUAUGGACCGAUUGAUGAAAAGAUUAUAUCUCGCGCACCCCAAUUUGUUUUCCAUUACAUCGGUGUCACCAGAGAUCCAGUCCUCCUUGGGUCGAGCCAGAUGGUAAUCAUGCCUACAACAACCGUCGAUGAAUGCCCAGAACUUGACAUUCUGCUUGUCCCUGGGCCGUACCUCAGCAACUUUGAACUACAUCCGAAGCAUGCUGAACUCAUCCGCAAACAUGUGUCAGCCGAUAAGAUGCUGUGGACUACUUGCACGGGAGCUAGUGUCGCGGCAUCAACAGGUGUUUUAGACGGCAAAAAAGCAACAGUUAAUAAUGUCGAAUACGCUUGGGUACGUAAGCGUUGGCCCAAGGUCAACUGGACUAGAGAGAAGAAGUGGAUUGUUGACGGAAACAUUUGGACCGGUUCGGGUGCAUUUGCUGGAGUAGACAUGGUUGCACAUUGGCUCAAGGAAAAUUAUGGGCUGGAUGUGCUCAUUCAAGCUAGCAACAACCUUGACUAUGAGGCCAGAGAUGAUGAUGGUCUAUUUACGGUUUUCCCUCAGAGAUUCGAUUCACAGGGAAAUAAAGUAGGUACGCAUGAAUUCCUGUACUACGAUGAGGAAUAG